AUGCCUUUAACAGUGACUGCUCCAGAAUUAGCUGAGGAAAAUGCAACAGGUCCAAUUCAACCUACCUGUGAGAAGAAUGAACCUGAAAGCACUGAUGCAUUAGAAGAACAUUGUGCAAUUGAUGAUGAAAAACUUAAAGAACCAAAAGAAGAGAAAUGUGAAGAGAAGGCAAUGGCUGACAAAGAAAAACAAGACAAAUAUGGAAACAAUUGGCCACGUCUCACCAAAGCAUUUCUUCGCCAGCAUUGCAAAGAUCUCAAAUUGUAUAUGACACCAGAACUUAAUGAUGUACUUUAUCUUCACUACAAAGGAUUUCCCUGCAUAGAAAAUUUAGAAGAAUAUACAGGACUAAAAUGUCUGUGGCUGGAGUGUAAUGGUCUGCUUAAAAUUGAGAACCUGGAUAACCAGAAGAACCUUAAAUGUCUAUACUUACAGCAAAAUCUCAUUCACAAAAUUGAAAAUCUUGAACAGCUACACCUUUUAUGCUGCCUGAAUGUCAGCAAUAACAUGAUUGAAAAGAUUGAAAACUUGUCUGGUCUUACCGAUUUGAGUACACUACAAAUAAGUCAUAAUAAACUGACAAAACUGGAUGAUAUUUUACAUUUGAUAGAAUGCACCAAUAUCAGUGUGCUAGACCUAUCUCACAAUCAUCUAGAAGACCCAGAAAUUGUGGAAGAAGUCUUUGCCAAAAUGCCAUCUUUGGGAGUUUUGUACCUCAUGGGGAAUCCUGUCAUAAAGAAAAUAAAAAACUACCGCAAAUACCUAAUUAUUUCUAUAAAAACACUGAAGUAUUUGGAUGAUAGACCAGUAUUCCCCAAAGACCGUGCCCUUGCAGAAGCUUGGGAAAUUGGUGGUGUUGAAGCAGAAACAGCAGAACGCAAAGCUUGGGCUGAAAAAGAAAGGAAAAAGAUUCAAGACAGUGUUGAUGCUCUUCAGAAAAUCAGGAAAAAAGCUGAAGCUCAACGAAUUCAAAAAAGACUUGAUGAAGAAAGAAAAGAAAGAAAUGAUGAAGAUAACAAAGUUGAGGUGUCUUCUGCAGUUGACAUUUUGAACCAAGCAAUUAAUGAUGAACAAACAAAAUCCCCAAAACAGCAGCAGCACAUAGAAAAGGAAUAUCAGAACGAUGCAUUCAACAUAGAUGUGAUUGACUUACGUAACAGUAGCCUGACAUCUUCCAAGGAAAAUGAGAGCAUCUUUAAUUUAGCAACUUCUCAUAAUCUUUUAGAGUGUGAAAACUUUAAAAGUUCUAUGUUGAAAAUAAGAAACAUAGAAACUGAAAACAAUGUAUUAGAAAACUCUGAUGUAGUUGACAAUAAUGAAAAGGGUAGAGGAAAAAGAAAAAAAUGGGAGCAAAAAAUUCAGAGUCUAGAAGACAUAAAAUCAAAUGAUAUUUCUUCAUUCACAAGCAAAAUGACUCAGGAGAUAUCUCCCAAGGAAAAACAUAAACCGCUAAUUGAAGAACUACAUGAUAUUCAAGAUAAUGCUAACAAUAUUGAUGGUAGCACAGAAUUAAUUACUGCAGAAUCUGAGAGUAGCACUCCUUUUAAUAAGAAAUUACAUGCUUCUGUAGCUGUCCAAGAUGAUAACAGUAAUGAUUCAACACAGAAAUUAUUAAUUGAAGAAAUUGACAUCCAGGAUAGCUGCUCUCAGGUUGCUGCUGAAGCCUUAAAGAAAGCAGAGGUUGAAUCAAGACAGAGUUGUGAUGAUGAGGAUCCAGACAUAUCAAAGAGAUGGGCAGCACCCAGGGAAGUUCCUGAAGGAAUCACCAUCAAAAAUGAUCAAACUAUUGAAGAGAAUAUCUAG